AUGCGUUCAGGGGACUUACUAGUAGAAGUUUGUUCUAAAAAGCAAUCGCAUCAAAUUUUAAAAUUAAAAGCAUUAGCCACAAUACCUGUUUCUGUUCAGCCUCAUUUAUCACUAAAUUAUUCAAAGGGUGUGAUCACUUGUGGUCAAUUAUUUAAUGUACCUCUCGAGGAAAUAUUGAAGGAAUUGCAGGGUCAAGGAGUGACACAUGUACGCCGCAUAACCAUUCGGCGGGAUGGACAAAUCCUUGACACUAAACAUCUCAUACUAACCUUCCAUUCCCCGAAAUUGCCAGAAUUUAUAUAUGCCGGGUAUAUGAAAUUGCCAGUGAGGCACUAUAUACCAAAUCCUCUGAGAUGCUUCCAGUGUCAGAGAUUUGGUCACUCAAAAGCUAAUUGCCGCGGGGCUGUUACUUGCGCCCGCUGCGCUGAGAAAGGCCAUGAGAGUCAACAAUGCACCGCACAAGAAAAAUGCGUGAACUGCGAUGGAAAUCAUUCAUCCUUUUCUCGGUCUUGUAAACGGUGGACUCUAGAGAAACAGGUUAUAGCUUUGAAAAUAAAAGAGAGCCUCUCUUAUCCCGAAGCUAGACGGAGGAUUUUAGCUGAAACUCCUACGCCAGGUUUGAGUUAUGCCUCUGCGAAUAAGCCUAAAACCAAACCACCCGAGAAAACAUCCGAUUCUGACACUGAAAGAUCAACGGCUAGUGCUCCUGAAACUUGCAAGCCUGGAAAAAAUAAACAAAAACUCAAAUCUAGCAAGUCUUUGAAGCUUAAGCUUGCGAAGCGUGGUCUUAAGCAAAACGACCUGCCAAUAAAAUUGAAAAAAUCGGUAUUAAAAAAUUCGGCUGCCUUGGGGUUAGCGGCACAAGGUAAAGUCCACAAGGACUUGACGUCGAUUUUUGGUGGCAUUACUAAUAGCCCAGAUAUCAAAUUACAUCCGUCCGAGGAUGAAUCUGAGCUUGAAAUGAGUUGCGAAGAUUUAGCAACUUCAACUACUGCCUCUUCUCGCCCCUCUUCUAAACCAGUCUUAUAA